AUGGCCACUUUAGAAGAAGACUCAUCAUCUCUGGAGUUCAAGAAAAUCGAUGGUUUUCGUAGAGACGAAGAGGAGAAAAUGGAUGUGCUGUGGGAGAAUUUGAACGACGAGUGCUCGAGAAAUAAUGACAAUGGCUGCCCUUCGCCGGAGAAAGGGCUGCAAAUGAGCUGCCGGAAGCCGUUGAGACUUUCGACAGCCAGCGGGCAAAUUUUUUCCGGUAAGAAACCGAUCAUUUUCGUGUUCAUCAAAGUUGUGAAGAAGGUUUUGUUCAUGCAGAGUAGUACUCAUAGGAUCAAGAAGCAAGCAUGGUGA